GGAUAUAAACACCAUGCUGCCCGGCUGCAACUUUAAUUUCACACGCAGAAAACACGCCUCGCGCUCAUAAAGCCUCCGCUCGCGCUCCGUCGCUCUCUCCGUGGACUUUAAUUCGGAUAUUAUUAAGUUUCCGCCAUUUUUUUUACACCCACUCUUCAUUAGAAGAUUCUCUCCCCGCCGACAUGCUGCAGAGCUUCUCCCAGUCUCAGGACUGGCUGUACACGGAGCCGCUGCUGUUCGACGACGAGUUCUGCCAGAGCCUGGUGAAGGACCUGCAGUCGCUGCCCACGCCGCCCCAGUCCCCCCCCAUGAAGGCCGGGCCGGGCGGCAAGCCGCUGUCCAAGGAGGACCAGCUGAGCUACGUGUCCGACAUCCUGCUGGAGGACCACGACAUGCAGCUCAACUGGAACUGCGAUUUCUUCCACUCUGCCGCCGCGGCAACCGACGAGGACUGCCUGUGGCAGUGCCUGGCGGGCGACCGCAGCCUGGAGGAGAAGCUGGUGUCCAGCCUGCUGGGCUCCAGCCCGCUGCUGUCCGACAUCAACACCAGCAUCUUCGAGGAGAUCGCCGGCUCCACGCUGGACUGCCAGAACCUGAUGGCGCCCCAGGAGGCCGGCGAGGCCGCGUCGGACUACGGCUCCACCGGCGGCGAGCUGUCCACCUACUCGUCCAGCGACUCCGAAGAGGAGAUCGACGUGGUCACCGUGGUGCGCUGCUCCUCAGGCUCCUCCCCCCGGCCCUCGCUGUCCGACCUCUCCGCCCGCCAGCAGAAGCGCGAGGAGGAGCAGCGGGCCCACCAGCGCCACUACUUCGAGAUCCACCUGCAGCACAACUACGCGGCGCCGUGCCCCGCCUCGCCGCCGCCCUCGUACAGCAAGCGUUCGCGGUUGAGCGAGAACUCUUCCUCCUCGUCGCGCUUCCACCGCUCCUCCCGCAGCAGGUCGUCGCGGCACCACCACGACGGCGUCGGGCGCAGUACCCACCACCACCACCACCACAGCAGCAGCUCGUCUCGCAACUCUGUGGAGACGGAGGACGAGGAGGAGCGGCGGCGGACGCACAACGUCAUGGAGCGGCAGCGGCGCAACGAGCUGAAGACCUGCUUCGUGCACCUGCGCGACAACGUGCCCGAGCUGUCGCACAACGACAAGGCGUCCAAGGUGGUCAUCCUGAAGAAGGCGAGGGACUGCAUCUACGACCUGGAGGACGAAGGCCACCGGCUGCAGGCCAAGAGGGACCGGCUGCACGCCCGGCAGGAGGAGCUGAGCGCCCGGCUGGACCAGCUGCGCAGCUAGUGGCGGCCCGGGGUUUAAAAGACUACAUGGGGGGGGGGGGAAGGUAAGGGGGCGGACCUUAGACAAAGAGGGUUGGGCCGGAGGACAAAGGACGGCGUGUCGAAGAGCGCACAGAGUUUUGACAUUUCAAAAGAACUUUCUGGUGCCGAGAGGAUCUGGACCUGGGAGACUGUCUUGUUGCCGUGGAAACGACAACACACUCGUUGCCUCAUCAUUCUCAUGCCUUGACUGCUGACUGUUGUAGAGAGGAGGGUGUUUUAAAAAAAGUUGAAUUGAGGAUGGAGCUAGUAGAUUAUUAUAUAUUUGUUUUGUUUUUAUAUAUUCUUGGCUGAACGGCACACUGAAAGAAUCUUUAUUUGUUCCUUUUUUUAUUCUGGGGUGUUUUUGGGGGAGGGGGAUGCCAAAUCGGGCAGCGGCCAAAUAACUGGAAAGCCACAUCAGCUUCUUGUAGUUGAAUGAAAACUUGAAUGUUGUAUAUUUCAGGAUGUCUAAUAGCCAUAGCAACCAUGAUCCCUCCGCUCUGAUUGGUGGCUUCAAGGUUUAUUUGGUCAACUGCACUUUUUUAUUAUUUUAAUUUUUUCUAAUUCCAGAUCGGCUGCUGGUUCAAUGAGUCCGGCCUCAGGCGGACCCCCGGGGGCCACUCUGUCACCGGGUCACAGUACCGUACGAGACCCGCUUUGAUUCUGGACCCCCGGUCCACCUCCAGCGCCGUCAGUGUCAGUGUGAGUGUGUGUGUGUGUGACUGUUGGAACUCGACCGGUAGCCAUAUUAAAGGAGAAUUCAGGUGUUUUUCUGAGCUGAGGCCCGACUGAGCGGCGAAGCGAAGCGGGGGAAACUUCUUGUGACAUGUUUUCUUUCUGGACUCCAGAUCGUGUCCCGGCCUUUUUUAUAUUCGCUCUGAAGGUCGUGCUGCGAUGUGUCGUCCGUUUUUUAAGCUGAUGGAGUUAACCGUCGCUGUUCCUCCAAUCGGAGUCUUUGUGGAAUUGUCUAAAAAAGAAGAAACCGUUGGCGCCGCGUUGCGUUGACCGUGAAUAUUUUGUUACUCGAUUAAAGAUUUGAUUAUGCUUCCUCAGCAGAUGUGUCGCAUGAUUUUCAGUUCCACGACAUCGUCGCCAUUUUGAGCCGCCGACAUUCCCGUGUUCUGUUCGCCUGCACCAUUUUGUGCCCAAUUUAAACCGUGUUUUUUUGUGUGGUUGCUUUAACAUCUAAAUCAACAGAAUCCAUCACCGCGAGGCCGGGCGCCUUCACCAGGAGACGCUCUGCGCCAUUUUACUCUAAAUAUCAAUUAUUGCCGAUUCCUCCCACAGUCUGUUUGUCAUGAGGUGUAGAUGGAAAGUCUUAAAGAAUCCCGUUUUACUUCUUUUUUUAACGAGUUCUUCCUGUUGUCCCGACGGCGUGCUCGAGCCCGGUCGGCGGGAGCACCGCCUCUCGGUGUUUUAACGGUGAAACCUGUUCUGCCUUGAGCGUGGCGUGUUCGGGACGCUUCCUGUUCGUGAGCGGCGGCGUCUUUUAUCUCCUUUUUUGGGGGGUUUAUUUAUUUUAUUUUUGUGGAGUUUCGCGGUUCGGAAAGAGUCCGAGGUUUUAACGAGACGGCAGCGGUGAUUUUUAUUAUUUUUUGUUCUUGAUAUGGAAAAACCUACCUCCACCUGGCUGCAGUCGGCCUGUCUAUUUUUUAUUUUUCUCAUUUUAAAUAUUGUACAGAUAUUUUUUUUUAAGAGAAAACUGUUAUUUUUGUUAUAUCAUAAAUUAUUUAGUUUUUUUUCUUUUUAGAAUUUGAGGAUUGAAAAGAAAUGUUAUUCUUUACCAAGCAGCACUUUUUUACUAUUGAUGUAAUUAAAGAAUGAAAGAGA